AAAUUAAUUAAUAAGUCAAAAAUGGCUAAUAUUAACAGUAGCUAAGUUUCUACACGGCUAGCUAGCUCAAGCCUUCAUCCAAGUCUCUUGUUUGGACAUCCGUGCCUUAGUUAGUAGCUACUUCUUCAUUUACAGAGAACUUGCAACCGUAGUACCGUGGCGUCGUUCUGUUUCCAGCCUCAAUACAGACUGAUUGAGCACUGUUGCUAACUUUCCUGUGCUUCAAAGCUAGCCUGCUGCACUGUACUGGAGGGAGAGUCAUGGCUGAGACAAGUGAAACUCAAUGGGUUGAGAUAAUUGAACCCCAAUCGAAGGAAAGGAUGUUUGCCAAUCCCUCCACUGGAGAGAUCUCACUCACCGCUCCAGAUGGAGUCAAAAUCAAACCAAUGAGUCAGAACCAGUGGUGGGAACUAUACGAUGCUGGCUCUGACAGUUACUACUAUUACAAUGCUCACACUGGGGACACUGUGUGGGACAGGCCGGGAGAUGACGCUGAUAUCAUUCCUCUCACCAAGUUACAGUCCACUUCAGCUGAGGAAACUAGUGAGGAGACUGAUGGAGGGCAGCCAGUCACCACACAAGCCAAUGAGGUCCCUGGCACCACGCCCAACUCCCAACCCACCCUGGAGCCAGCACCAACACAAGAUCCUAAUUUAAGAGCUGUACCUGUGGAACGCAAACUCUCUGAAAUUCUCUCUGAACAUAUAGAACCUAUGAGUCCACUUGCCAUUGACUAUGAGGGAGAGAGGUUUGCCUCUGCCUCGGGGACUAACAAAUCCCAGGUUUCGCCCACCUCUGGUGAUAUGACCACUCUCGAUAAGACAAGGACACUAGACGGAUCCAAUGCACGCUACAUGGAGUGUGCCCAUGGUGCAAGGGACUCGUGGGUGAAUAUUAAUGUAGUGAGCAAGGAAGGUGUGAAUGGAGAGCAGGAGAGACUGGAUGUUCUCUCUGAGUCGGGCGGGAGCUUUCCGGGAGGAAGUCUGGACAGGUCUGCUCGAGGCAGAGAUCAGUUGGCUACACCGACCAGCUAUGAAAUGAAAUCACGUACUCUGGACAACAGCAAACGAAAGGGCAGUUCUAGAGAGGGGCGUAGCUAUGUACCUGCUAGACCGGCACCAACUCCUCCUACCUCAAGGGGCAAGACGGGUCCUUCUCUGGAGAAGACCAAGAGUGUGGAGCACGACUCUCUUGAUGGUGAAGAGAAGGUGAAGAAGAAGGCUCAUCAUCGAAGUCGCAGUGACAUUCCCCCUGCCCCAGCCCCUCCUCAAAUCAGAUCGGACAGGGCAGUCAGCGUGGUAAGUAAAACCUCACUCGCAAACUUCAAGGACCUGUCACAGCAUCGCAAGGGAUUUUUCAGGAAGAAAGUCACCAUUGCAAACAUGCUCGCUUGGACCAAGGACCCUAUCAAGCAGCCGAUGCUCCAGACCAGGGACAAGCAACUCAGGAAGGAGGCAUGUGAGAUGUUCAAGCUCCUCCUACAGUACAUGGGUGACAGGAAGACCAAGCAGAAGGACGUCAACCUUAUAGCCCUGGAUAUUACUUCUCAGGCUUGGGAGAAGAAGGGGCUCAGGGAUGAGCUAUACAUACAGCUGUGUCGGCAGACUAGUUCCAACAGCAAUCCUAAGAGCCUGCGUCGAGGCUGGGAGAUGUUUGCCAUCUGUCUGGCCUUAUUUCCUCCCUCUAUUAAGUUCAGAGGUUACUUGGAGGGUUAUCUCUGGAGACAUGUUGAGCCCUCGCCAGCAUUCAAGGGGGUUCCAGUGGAGGUGUUUGCACAGUACUGCCACAAGAGAGUGGAAAAGAUGGCUCAGAGUGGGGCCAAGAAAGGAGUGAAGAAACCAGCAGUGGAGGAGAUAAUCCAUGCUAAGGAUGCCCCAUUCAACCCUUCCAUGUUUGGCAACACUCUGGAAGACACGAUGGAACUACAACAGGAGAAGUUCCCCAGCUUUGACCAAAAGUUGCCCUGGGUUGUUCCUGCUCUCACUGAGGCAGUGCUGCGGCUGCAAGGCCCACAGACUGAGGGAAUAUUCAGAGUGCCUGGAGACAUUGAUGAGGUGAACAUUCUGAAGUUGAAGCUGGACAAGGGAUUAGUCACAAUGGACAAACUGUCGGAUCCUCAUGUCCCAGCCUCGCUACUUAAGCUCUGGUUUAGGGAACUGGAAGAGCCCCUCAUUCCUGCAGGGUACUAUGACGAGUGUAUAAACAACUGUGACAAUGAAAUGAAUGCUUUGUCACUGGUCGACUCGCUGCCAGAGCUAAACAAGAAACUGCUACUAUACCUGGUUGAUUUUCUUAAGCAAUUCAUCACUCCUGAAAACAUUGAAGCAACAAAGAUGGGUCUGGACAAUAUAGCCAUGGUGUGGGCUCCAAACUUUCUACGCUGCCCGUCAGAUGAUCAUACACUUAUUUUUCAGAACACUCGCAAAGAAAUGGCUUUUCUACGAGUAUUGUUAAGACUGAUAGACACAAACAGUUCUGCAACUGCAUCUGCACUCUAGUCCAGAUUUAGCAUUGGAAUUAGCACUGGUGUGUGUAUUUAUUAUUUUGUCUCUGGUGUAUGUCAGUAGUGUAUUGAUUGAGCCUUUUUGUAGCUGCCAUUCUUCUGAUUGUGUGUUUCUCUGA